CGAGGUCGUCAAGACAACAAACAUAGCUAUUGAAUGAUUUAUUGCCUCUGUGAUUGUCUUGAGUGACACCGUGAAUGCGAGCGGCUGAGCUCAUAUCAAUCACUGUAUCUCCAGCGUGUGACUCACUGAGGACGUCCCCCCAGCUUCGCUCUUUAAUUUGACUACAGCCCCAGUUUCACUUCAGUGUUGACAGCGGCGCGUGGCGAGCUAGUCGCUUUUUUAUUUUAGAUGACUUUUUUGUAACAAACGGAAAACUGCGGUGGAAAGCGAGUUUAACUUUUAGACUUUGUGACCACGGACGAACCAUGGCUACAAUAACGUGUCGAGUGCAAUACCUGGAGGACUCGGACCUAUUCGUGUGCUCAAAUUUCCCCGAGCCCCGCAGACCUCUGCAGUAUGACCUCAACGAGCAUUUGCUGUUGAACGAGCAGAUCGCCGGUAUUCACAAACUGCUAGAAGCUCCUUUGAAGUUAGAGGAGUGUGCACUGCAACUGGCUUCUAAUGGCAACUACCUAGAUCUGGAUUCAUCCCUUGCUGAACAGAGAGAUGAUCUGGAGCAACUCUAUGAUGACGUGGAAAAAGGCAAAAAGCCCAUCUUGAUUCUCCGUACGCAGCUCUCAGUACGGGUUCAUUCCAUCCUAGAGAAGUUGUAUAAUUCCCAUGGUCCUGAGCUUCGGCGGUCCUUGUUCUCAUUAAAGCAACUCUUUCAGGAUGAUAAGGACUUGGUUCCAGAGUUUGUGAUCUCCGAGGGUCUGACGUGUUUCAUUAAAGUGGGUGCUGAGGCAGAUCAUAACUACCAGAACUACAUUCUCAGAGCUCUCAGUCAGAUCAUGCUGUUUGUGGACGGAAUGAACGGUGUUGUGAACCACAGUGAGACAGUACAGUGGCUGUACACACUGACUGGCAGCCUGUCUCGGCUGGUUGUGAAGACGGCUCUGAAGUUGCUGAUAGUGUUUGUGGAGUACACUGAGUCCAACAGUCCACUGCUUAUUCAAGCUGUCAGCAUUGUGGAUGGCAAGAGAGGUGUAAAGCCUUGGGCGUAUCUAACAGAGAUCCUGUCAGAGAAGAAUGGAUCAGACACAGAGCUGCUCAUCUACACCAUGACCCUCAUCAACAAGACUCUGUCUGCACUUCCCGAUCAGGACUCAUUUUAUGACAUGACAGAUUGCUUGGAGCAGCUAGGAAUGGAAGGCAUCGUCCAGAAACACAUGACUAGCAGCGGCACCGAGGGUGACCUUAAACAACAGUUCAUCAUUUAUGAGAAUGCCCUCAAGAAUGAAGAUGGUGAGAUCGAUGAAGGGGCACCAAAUGUCCGUAAAGACCGAAGGAAACUGACACCCAGCGAGCAGGAGGGCAGGAGGAGCCGACGGUCAUCUCACAAUCUUACAGAUAGUUCCUUUCGACCAGCUUCCCCAACUGUAUCAGUCUCGUCUAACAGCCCUACCCCAGAGGUGAUGCGAACAGCCUUCCCUCAGCUGCCAGAUUCCUCUUAUUCUCCUGUUCCUGGCAGUCCUGUGUUGACCAGUCCCUCCUCUAUGACCCCUGGCUCUCCCACUCCUCCUGUCACUCCGCCGACUAAUGGAGCAGAGUCUACAGAUACAGCUGAGCAGGAACACAACUUGGGGCGCUCUUUUAUGAGUCAGUACAUAGCUCACAUGGGGAUUUCUAGACGGAGGUUAAAAAAGGAGAGGUCUAUAACAGAGGAAACCUCCAGCAUCUCCAGCAGAGCGUCUUUCACAGAAACAGACUCUCCUCAGGAGAUCCCUUCCCAGACGGGAGCAGAGCAGCCCAGCCGGACGGAGGGAAAGCGAGUCUUCAAACAGCAGCAGGCAGACAGUGUUUGUCCAGAGAGUGUGAAUAGAGACUUGCCAGUUCUGAGGAAUUAUGAAGACGAUUUCUUGCGUAGUCUAGCUGCAUCCCAGUGGGAGAAGAAAAAGAAGUCAUACGGCGCCCAUGAGAGACCUUCUCUAAGCGAGAGUGUGGCACCUACAGACAUAGAGGCAUCUACUGAAGCCGAGCAGCCAGUCUCCAGCUCAACCACCACAGGAUCUAUUAGUGGUCAGGAAUCUGAAGAGGUAAACUUGACCAGGCACACCCUGGAGCAGCCAGAGGACACAACAACAGCCCACAAUGAAGCAGAGGGGGGUUUGCAGCGUCAGGGCAGUGCAGUGGAACAGCACAGCACCCUCUCUAAUGACAGGAAGUUCAUGUUGGAUAUGCUCUACUCCAAAAACAGCACCACUUCUGGAGGCCUAAAAAGUCCUGGUCUGGAAAGUGGACCACUUGAGGACCAUGGGAUCACCAGUAUGGCCGGACGGCUCUCCAGACUGCAGUCUUGCACUUCUCAGCCCACAGAGGACACAUCCAGGCGGGCGGACCUGGAAAUCCCUGAAGGUACUGCUCAGGCUGCUCGUGCCAGGCUAGCAGAGGAACAGAGCAAGAAGCUGCGUCCACAGUACAGUAUUGAAUCGGAGACUCAUUCACAGAGUUUAGAGAAGACCAUGAUGACGCCAUUAUCCAGGGGUAGUCAGGAUGCCUGGGAGAAGCUGCAGCCCAGCUCCAGACCUCUGCGGAUUAAAGAUCUUGACUUCUCCGAUCUGAUGGAGGAGGAGGAUAUCGAUGUGCUGGAUAUAGACACUUUUGACACUGGUUUGCCUAAUGGAGUACCGCCGCCCCCUCCUCCAGUGCCAGGACUGGGCUCAGCUCCCCCACCGCCGCCACCCCCUCCUCCUCCUCCUGGACCUGCUAGUCUGGCUCCACCCCCUCCUCUUCCACCUCCUCCUGGAGGUUUGAGUGUGCCUCCUCCACCUCCAGGACUCCUCCCUCCGUCCCCGUCUCAAGGGAAUGAUCCGGCUAUUCUAAAGAAACGGAAAAUGGUCAAGCUGUUCUGGAAGGAGCUUAAGCAGCCCGACAGCCCCAGGAAGUGCAAAUUUGGGCGGGGCACAGUUUGGGCUUCACUUGAUAGGGUUGCAGUCGAUACAGCUAAGCUGGAGCACCUGUUUGAGUCCAAGGGAAAGGAUCUUCCAGUAGCAAAGAAAGGUGCUGAGAUCAAGAAAGCAGCGAUUUUAGUGCUUGAUCCAAAGAGGAGCAAUGCCAUCAACAUCGGCAUGACCGUUUUGCCUGCUAUACAUGUCAUUAAAAGUGCCAUCCUCACCUUUGAUGAGUUUGCCAUCAGUAAAGAGGGCAUUGAGAAAAUCCUGACCAUGAUUCCAACUGAUGAAGAGAAACAGAAGAUUCAGGAGGCGCAGCUGGCCAACCCUGAUGUACCGCUGGGCACAGCAGAGCAGUUUCUGCUCACUCUCUCAUCCAUCAGUGGCCUCACGGCCAGAUUACAGCUCUGGGCCUUUAAACUGAACUAUGAGACCCUGGAGAAAGAGAUUGCAGAGCCUCUUUUUGACCUGAAACUGGGUAUGGAACAACUCGCCAAGAACAAAACCUUCAAGCGUAUCCUAGCAACACUACUGGCCAUUGGCAACUUCCUCAAUAGCUCCAAUGCUAAGGGCUUUGAGCUCAGUUAUCUGGAGAAGGUUACUGAGGUGAAGGACACAGUACACAGGCAGUCUCUGCUUCAUCAUACCUGCAAUUUUGUGGUGGAAAACUGCCCAGAUAUGACAGACCUUUACUCUGAGAUCCCUGCUAUCACACGCUCUGCUAAAGUGGAUUUUGAGCAGCUGUCUGAAAACCUGAUUCAGUUGGAGAGAAAAUGCAAAGCAUCUUGGGACAACCUUAAAGUAGUGGCCAAACAUGAAACUAAACCUAACUUGAAAAACAAAAUGACAGAAUUUCUGAAAGACUGUACUGAAAGGAUCAUCAUCCUGAAAGUAGUGCAUAGGCGCAUUAUUAAUAGGUUUCAUUCCUUCUUGCUGUACUUGGGUCAGCCCUCAUACUCGGUGCGGGACACUAAAGUAACUCAGUUCUGUAAGAUCAUCAGUGAGUUUGCCCUCGAGUACCGCACCACACGAGAGAGAGUCCUCACCCAGAAACGCAAACGUGCCGUCCACCGCGAGCGCACCAAGACCCGGGGCAAAAUGAUCACUGAGACAGAGAAGUUUUCUGGAGCAGUUCCACAGCUGUCUCUGGAGGACAACCCAUCCCCGGUUUCUUCAACAGUAGAAUCAGAGCCAGCCCAAGAGGAGCAUGAGAACAUGAAAAACCUGCUCAUUGGCGACAACAGCAAGCUGCGCAGGAGCCGUGCUGUACGAAAGAUUCUUACCACUGGUGGGGACACUUCUCCAAUUUCACCAACUCUUCAGUUGAGUGAUGAAGAGGGGCCUUAUGACUUUGACAGCGCUCCUACUUCACCAGUAGAGAGCCAAUCAGCACAGGAUGAUGAUGAUGAUGAUGAAGGUGUUGGCAGGGUUAACACAAACAUGUCUGUAGCCAAAGAGGACAGCCCCAGCUCACAGGACGAUGCCACAGAUGAGAUCAUGGAUCGUCUGGUUAAAUCUGUCACCCAGAAUCCCACAGAGAGGGCAUCUAGUCCAAAAACACGGAAACGUUCGCGGCUUAACAGAAAGUCAUUGCGGAGGACUCUGAAGAGUGGGCUGAGUGUGGACGUGGUGCAGGCCCUUGGCCUCGGCAGUACUAACGUGAAGGUCUGAAGCUGGUAGUUCUCAUGUGGGGGAAACUGUAGCAAGACAGCAAUGAGGCCCUAAGGAGAGCUGCGUUAAUGACAGGAAGAACUGUGAUAAAGACAUUUCAUGGGAUGCCUGCAACUAAAUUUGUCUGCCAAUCUGAACGAUUCAGUGGAUGAAUCAUGUACUUCCAGUUGAAAUACAAACAGCUGCAUUACUAUACAAAUACCUGAAGUGUGUGCAUGAUGUCCUUUAGACAUAUCAUGAUUUGAUUGGUACAAACUUUAAUGGCAUAGUAUUAAAUAUCAGCCCAUGUUUACUGAUGGAGAAUCGAUGCAUAUAUGAUCCAGGGAAUUAAAAUGUUAUAUAUUUUGACCAAAUGCACAUAUUAUUUUGUAUAGAGCCUUAGAUUGCAUAGAUUGGAGCACAAUUUAUCAGUCAAGGAUAUGUAUCUAAGGGUUUGAAAGGUUUUAAGUUAAUACUGCUUUUUUUUAAGACAAACCUUUUAUAUUUUAGCCAUACCUGUUAGAAUGGCUCAGCUCAAGGUUAGGAUCAUGGAAGCCAGUAAUUGAGAUCAGUGCAAUAGGGUAACUCAAACACACUGGUUUCCUGUGCUCAUUAAUGAAGCUAAACCCUGGAAUAAACGGCACUGUCAGUAAUGAUUGACCAUUGAAAACUCCUUAGUCUUGUACAGGGUUUAAUUUGUGUCUGGAAAGCUGACCCAUGUGCACCUGGGUGGUGUUCAACUGAAUAUCCUGACUACCAAGGAGAUCUUGAUUAGAGAGGACAUAAACUAGGUCACAUUUGUUUUUCUUUUAUUAAUCACAGAGCUCUCUUGAUAGGUUUGUGGAUGCUACAACAGUCUUGUAUUCUGCUGUAUCACAUUUCUGUCCUGAUAUUUAUUAUUGUGCAUUUUUUUGAAGUUCACCUUUUUAGUUAUACCAUUGUUAUGAUGUUAUAAAAUAUGUGCAUGGACCACUCUGUUUCUUGCUAAAGAGAAGUGUUGCGUUAAAGGCACAGUAUUUCUGACGCAAAUUUUAAAAACUGUUACGAGCACAUAUUUUAAGGAUUUUGUUGGUAUUGCUUUUUUGCGUGGGGUUAUGCUGUAGGAAUUUAGAGUCACUAUGAAUCACUCUGUUGUUUUAUGUUUGACCUUAUUACCUGUCUGCAUGAGUGCAUGUGUUCUUCACUCUGAAUGUAUCACUAUUAGCGUGUUCCAUUGCUGGACGUCCCAGACACCUGCACAAAGAAAGUUUGUUUGAAAUGAAACCGUUUGCAAGUACAGUGCUUCUAAUGUUAGACAUUAUAUUGUGUUUCAGAAUUGUUUCAUAUUGACAUGUUGGCCUUGAAUCCAAAGACAGAGCUUUGUUUAAAAUUGAAUUAAAUGUUUUAUGAGACUUUCCCCCCGUUUUUAUUUAUUUGGUUAUUGCCAAUCAAACAAUCAAGGUCAUAUGCCAGAAAUGCUUCA